UCCUGUUGAGGAUGGGACAAGUUUCAGAGCCAUGUUUAACGACAACGCCGAUGUCACCGUGAUCGCGGCAUUGGCUGCGUUUGCCAACGUACAGAACUUCGAUUAUCUAGAGCUCAGAGACGGCGUGCGCUGCUGCGGUUGUGAGUUCAUUGCUGCGAACCCCAACGAGCUCACACUGCAUACAAUGGAAUGUCACCGACAGACGGUUGAAGCUGAAAAUGAUCUUGCCAUUGUGUGUGAGAUCUGUUGCAAUGCGUUUGAAAGCAACCAAGAACUACGCACUCAUCAAAAGUGCGUCUCUGGGAAGGACAUUUUUCUCUGCAAAUGUUGUAUGGUAUGUUUCAAUACGAAGGAAAAGUUAAUGCGCCAUAUGAGCAUUUGUGCCGAGUUAAAUGAAGACGACAGACAAGACGAUAAUGCGUUUGCCGAAGCGGUUGAUUUGAAUAGGUGCGACGAGGUGAAAUCCACAGAACCGCUAGAAUCGGUCGAUGCCAGCAAGAGUCCUUUAAUGCUGGACGAAAAAUUCGUUACGCGCCGAGAGGAGUACGACGAGUAUCAGAUUCUACACACAGAUGCUAAACGGUGCUGCUGUUGUGGAGUAUUUUUCGCGAGCUACGAUGCAGUAAUGGCACACGUCCAGGAAGCAUGCCCUCGCUCGAAUCGUGCCACGGAAGACGCAACCGUCUGUACCGUGUGUGGUGCGCGUUUCAAGUCACAGAAAGCACUUAAAUACCACAAAGGCAUAAAUGACCGCAUCAACAAAAUUUACUACUGCAAGCUGUGCAAUUUAUCGUUCGUGCGAUAUUUUCAUCUUGCGCGGCACUUCCACGCGUCUCUGAAACACUCGACUGUCGGCGAUGGCAUCGUCGGAAAACAGGACGAUCGUGUGAUGGUGGCACUGUUGAAAAAGCUUGGCUCUUCGGUGCAACCAUCGCGACUCGAGCACGUGUGCUGUUUUCUGCGAUGCGAAGCGUCCUUCGAUAGGAGGCAAGAUUUGCUGGAACACGUUGAGCUGAAGCACGCGGCGCGUCGACGGAUUCACGUGAGGGAACGCACCAGUCAGCGGCACGUGUGCGUGAUAUGCCAGCUUGGGUUUGGCUCGGAACAAAAUCUACACCGCCACCUGUACCAACGUUAUUUGAAGAAAACAAGCAUUUGCAGCUUCUGCGGCAAAGGAUUCAAACGGCCGACUUUGCUUCGGCAGCACGAGCAAGUGGAGCACACCGAUACGGCGCCUCAGUUCGAGUGUGCGGUGUGUGGCAAGAAGUUUAAGAAGCAAUCGCUCCUUAAACUGCAUCUGGUGACGCACGAAGCGGAGCGAAAGUUUUCCUGCGAGCAUUGCAGUUCCCAGUUUCAUUUCCGGCACCAACUGAAGAAGCACCAGCAGACAGUUCACGCGACCGAGUUCCCGUACGAGUGCAGCUUCUGCGACAGAAAGAUGCCCAACAAGAAUAGCUACGAUCUGCAUCUGCGAACGCACACGGGAGAGAAACCCUUCGUUUGCCGGCACGGCUGUUGCCGCGCUUUCUCGCACUCAACCGACCGGCGAAGACACGAGAUGGUCGCUCAUACCGACGAGAAACCUCACCGUUGCGCCGUCUGCCAAACCGCUUACGUUCGUCGGAGGCAACUACUGCAGCACUUUCAGCGCUACCCGGAACACAACACUGAAGCGGAAGACAGCUCGCCAACGCAUGACGAGGUGGCAGAGGACUAGAGAUGGCGGCAAACACUACUGGCGAACAUAACGACCGAUUGAUUGUCCAGUAGAAAGACAAAGAUAAUUUUUAAAAACAGCUCAAAUGAAAAAAAAAACCACACCGCAAGUAAAAGUUCCAUUUUUAUUGAAAGCACUCUGCAAACAUGGUUUUGAUUUUCUGUUUACCUUCUGUUUUACGCACACGCAUUUAGUAAGAGCCUAGCCCUCUAAGAAGCAAAACUUAUGUAAUUA